UCGCUGGAGAGCAAAGAAGAGGAGAGAGGCGAAAAAAAGCAGUGAAAUGGUGUAAAACCUGAGCAAGUCCAAGCCGAGUCAGCGGACAACUGAGGAGGGACGACGCAGGAGGAUUAUUUUUCACAGCAUAAUUACUAUUAAAGUCAGUAAACUCCCGCUUUUUGAUGCUGUCCUCACGGAGGUUUGAGCCAAUAACGGACUUAUUGGUCGGCUGAACCAUGCAGAGGCUGCUGCUCCUGAGUUUGGUGUUGAGUUUUCAAACUGUGUGGACAGCGAGGUUCUCUCAGGAGCCGGCAGACCAGUCGGUGGUGCGGGGCCAGAGGGUGAUCCUGUCCUGUGUUGUCUUCAACUACUCAGGCAUUGUUCAGUGGACCAAAGAUGGCCUGGCUCUGGGCAUCGGAGAAGACCUCCGGGCCUGGCCCAGGUACCGUGUGCUGCGCGUGCAGGAGUUGGGCCAGUACAACCUGGAGAUCCUGUCAGCUGAUCUGUCUGAUGACUCCCUGUACGAGUGCCAGGCCCCUGAUGCUGCCCUGAGGUCCAGGAGGGCCAAACUCACCGUCCUCAUCCCCCCAGACAUCCCAGUGAUCGAUGGGGGUCCGGAGGUUUUGCUGAAUGCGGGGGAGUCCUACAACCUGAGCUGCGUGUCUCGAGGGGCUAAACCGCCUUCUAUGAUCGAGUGGCUUAAAGAUGGUCUGCCUGUGGAUGGGGCUGCCAGUACCACUGAGGUGCUUCCAGACAGGAAGAGGGUGACCACACGGAGCUACCUGCCCAUCCAGCCUGUCGACUCCGACACUGGGAGGAACUACAGCUGUGUGGCCACCAACCUGGCUGUUCCCACCGGAAAAAUCACAACUGUCACCCUGAACGUUCACCAUCCACCGACAGUGACCUUGUCCAUUGAGCCUCGCUCUGUCCUGGAGGGGGACAGAGUCACCUUCACCUGCCAGGCUCAUGCCAACCCUCCUAUUAUGGGCUACAGUUGGGCUAAAGGCGGCGUGGUGCUGCAGGGUGCCAGGGAGAGUGUGUUCACCACCAAGGCCGACCACUCCUUCUUCACCGAGCCUGUCUCCUGUCUGGUUUUCAACGCUGUGGGAAAGACCAACGUCAGCAUCCUGGUGGACGUUCACUUCGGUCCAAUUCUGUUGGUGGAGCCGCAGCCAAAAACAGUAGAUGUUGACUCUGAUGUCACCCUCAACUGCAAAUGGGCUGGAAACCCUCCGCUCACACUCACCUGGUUCAAAAAGGGUUCCAACAUGGUUCUGAGUAACAGCAACCAGCUGUAUCUGAAGUCGGUGAGCCAAGCGGAUGCCGGCCAGUAUGUAUGUAAGGCCAUCGUCCCACGGAUUGGAGUAGGAGAGACUGAGGUCACACUCACCGUCAACGGUCCCCCCAUCAUCUCCAGUGAUCCAGUCCAGUAUGCAGUGAAAGGGGAGAGAGGAGAGGUGAAAUGCUACAUUGCCAGUACACCUCCUCCAGAUAAGAUUGUGUGGGCGUGGAAGGAGAACGUGUGGGAGAAGGAGAAGGGGACGCUGCUGGAGAGGUACACGGUGGAGCAGAGCAAACCAUCAGCCGAGGGCGGCGGCGUCCUCUCCACCCUCACCAUCAACAACGUGAUGGAGUCGGACUUCCUGUCCACCUACAACUGCACGGCCUGGAACUCUUUCGGCCCGGGCACCAUGAUCAUCACAUUGGAGGAGACCGAGGAAGUCCCGGUGGGGAUAAUAGCUGGUGGGACGGUGGUCUCUACCAUCUUCCUAUUCAUCUUUCUGCUGGUCCUCGUUCUGAUCUUCUACCGGCAGCGCAAAGGCAGUCGGCGCGGGGUCACGCUGGGUAAGCCCGACAUCAAGGUGGAGACGAUAAACAAGGAGACCCACAGCUUAGAUGAGGACUCCGGCAGCGUGUCCACGGCUUCGCGCAUGGUCAAGGCCAUGUACUCGCCCUUUAAAGAUGACAUAGAGCUCAAGUCUGACCUCCGCAGCGACACCCUGGACACCCGCCAAGAGUAUGACCUAAAGGACCCCACCAAUGGCUACUACAACGUGCGAGCCUCAACUCAUGAUGAAGGUCGCCCCGCCUCCCGCUCCACCUUGCACUAUUCUGACUACCGCUCCCCUACAGGAACACCAGGGGGAGCUGCAUCUAUCAGCAGUAGUGCCGGAGGUUCCGGAGCAACGGCCAGCGGAGGGGCCCCUGGUCCCCCUGGCCCCCUCACCUCCCCUGGCCGCCCCCAGGCCUGCUAUGACCCCCGGCCCCCCAGACUCUCCCACAUCAGCUACGCCCAGUUCAACACCUUCACCCGGGGCCAGAGCCAGCAGCCCCCGCCUAACCCCGCCCCCGUUGCCAGCGACUUCCCAGGAGAAUGCAGCCUCCUGGACUCCACUUCCCAGCUGGCCUACGACAACUACGGAUACCCCUCGCAUUACCAGACCUACCGCAUGGGUUUCGCCCCGUCCAGCCUGGCCACGCUGGAGGCCUGCCCAUCCUAUGAGAUGUACGGGGUGGGAUCCGGGGUGGGACCCGGGGUGGGACCCGGAGUGGGACCUGGAGUGGGACCUGGAGUGGGACCUGGGGUGGGGGCCCUGGGGUGGGGGCCUGGGGUCGGCUUGGGUCCCGGUGGUCCUGCUCCCUCAGGAUCAGAGACUGGACUAGGAAAGUACGGCAGCUCCACCCGCUUCUCCUACACCUCGCAACACUCUGACUACUCCCACAGCCGACACACACAGAGGAUGCAGACUCAUGUGUGAGACAGAGAGACGCAUAACCACCUCACAGUCUUAGCAGAGCAUGAGGAAGCAUCUUAUAAAUAGCGUCACAUCCAAAAACACACACAAUCAUAGAUUUACACGCACACAUUUUCACACACCAACACAAACUACAGAACUCAGAAAAACAUAACACACAGACACACCCAUGCACAGAGUCAGGAGUCCAUGCCCAUGAGACAGGGAGCGUAUGAGGAAAAACGAGGAAAAAAAAGAGACGAGUGGUGAAGAAGGAGUUUUAGUGAGACAGGGAAGGGAAAUUCCACACAAUUUUGAAUUCCCUCACUCCCGAUGUGUUUGUAUAUCUGAGCUCUGAAAGAGCGGACGGCGAAAGUCACAAUCAAGACUGGGACAGAGAGCAAGAACCAGUGAGAGGACGAGAGUACACAGAUCUUUUGCUAUGAACUGACUUUGUAAAUGAUGAGCGAGAACGUCUUAAGGCAAAGCCGACUGACUGUCAAAUAUGGUACACGCUGAACCAGUGGAAGUCAUUUCUGGCCGCCAUCUUUUUUUUAUUUUAUCGCUGGUUGUCUUAUUCAAUCAUCAUAGAGCACAUAUAUAUAGUAUCCCAGAUUGCCCUUCUGUACAGUGGUACAUGCUAUCACACCUGUUCCGCAGCGUGUGGGAGUGUGUUAGGGCUGGGAUGGGGUUGGGAGGGUUGUCAUCAUUUUGCACUGCAUCUACAGUAUUCAUGCUUAGACGUCCCUUAUCUAUAUCUGUGUAAUGUCUUCUUUUUAUUUGCACACCAGACUAGAGCUUUGUAUUCUAUUUUUUAACAUUACAGAAUUAUUUUUUUGUCAAUGUAAAACAUGUAAUGUGUAUGUAUGGACCAAAUGUUUUCACGUCAGCCCGCUUAACUCGGGUCGUCUGCCUGGGUGAUUCCUCUAAGACAGAGUGACGAGUCGUGUCAAUAGCAGAGCCUGAAUUCAGGAAGGGUAUAACAGUGCAUAAAAGAAACCUAGUGCCAAGUGUUCAUGUUGUUCUUCACCUUAGACCAUGUAUAUGCAGUAGAAGCUCCUUCUAUUGGUGACAGUUGCUUUACAAAGCAGGCUUGGGGCCUUGAGUCAUUCCCAGACAUUUUCGUAGGCUGGAGCCCUUUUUUCUCUGAGCUCCUAACUACAGACGUGCAGAGACAGAGAGAAAAACACAGAUGUUGGGUUUAGAACUGAGUGGCCUUAUAGGGGAACAUGUCGUACAUUUCCAUUUUGAAUCAUUCCUCAUCGUCUGUCUGCCAAACACGGCCGGAGGAGAAUGUGUAUGGAGAGGUUCAUUGAAGGCUUGUCCACAAUAUUGACAUGUAGUAAUGUAUGACUGCGAGUGUGUGGGUGUGCGAGUGUGAGAGAGAGAUCAAGAAGGAGUGUGUGGGCAUUGGCACGCACAUCGAUUUGUACAGUGUGUUUGUAUAGAUGUGUGAAUGACUGCGUGUGAACGGGAAGCAUACUGUAAACACGCAGCGCCCGACUCGAGUGUGUGCGCGGCUAUUGUAUGCAUGCCCGUGUGUAUACAGUAUGUGUGUGCAUGUCUGUGUCUUAAGUGUGCGGGUGUGUGUUCCAGUAUAUGUCCAUAUCAUUUUCUCUCACAAUCCUGUUACAGUACUUUUAUACCUCUGGUAGGACUGUAUCCUGUAUUAUUGUGUCUUUGAAUUUAGAAAAAUCCAAUGUUUAUCUUAUUGUACUGUUCUUCGUAGCAGAGACAACUGUUCAAAAGAUGUACAACGAACGUUAUCAAACUCUCAUUUUUUAAUUUCAUUAUCUUCAAUAUUUUUUAAAAAUGGUAUGUAAUUAUUUUUCCACAGUAUUACAUAAAUAAAAGCACUGUUUU